AUGGGUUGGCUAUGGUCAUCCAGCUCUACCAAAGAUACACCGAACCCGACGACUCCAGAGGCCGUACCACAAAACGCCGCUCCACCUAAGAAGUUAACCCCCGACGAACAAGCCGAUCUAGAAUUCAACCAGAUCCUGGCCGACCUCCGACAAGAAGACCAGUCUCUGAAUAGCAAGUCCAAAUCGGCCUCGGCAGAUGAAAGUCCAAAGCCUACCGAGCCAAUCUCUUCUAUCGCACCCGAAUCCCUCUACGCAGAUACCAUGUCCUGCCGCACAGCCUUUGACUAUGCCUUCUUCUGCCAAUCCUUCGGAGGCCAAUUCGUCAACGUAUAUCGAUACGGCGAGAUGCGAUCCUGCAGUGAGCAUUGGGAAAAUUUCCGACUCUGUAUGCGCACAAAAGGAUGGUCAGAAGACGCGCGCCGCAACGCUAUUCGAGAUCACAACCGGAAGAAAGCUAUCAAAUACAAGACUGGGCCCAGCAGUGAGGAUAUUUGGGAUGUGAGGCUUGAACCCGCUAAGGAUGCUUUCCAGGGUGACUUCGCUGCUCUGGAACGAGAUAUUGAGGCAGCGAAGGCGGCUGGCACUGCGUGA